UCUGUGCAGUACGAUAAAAUAGUAAAAAUUAAAAAAAUGAGCACUAAAUGAAAUGAUUCGCCUUCUGUCUUCGUGAAAAACCGAUAAUUCGGUUACAUUAAUAAUAACGUAGAAUACAAAAAUAUCAAACAGUGAUUUUAUACAAUAUUUAAUAUUACUAUUCAUAUAAAAAUGCAUACUUGUCGACAAAUAAUAUACAGUUCAGCUCGCUGGAAAUGUUCUUUACCUAUGAACUUGAAAACUUCAGUUAUUCCUUUCAAACCAGAGCAGUGCACAGUACUCGAAUGUCGCAACUAUUCAGCACGAAAGGGAUUUUUUUCCUCAAUAAUAGAAAACAUCAAGGAGGAUAUUGCCAAAAAUAAGGAAAUGAAAGAUAACAUUAAAAAAUUUAGAGAAGAAGCUCAAAAAUUAGAAAAUUCAGAGGCUUUGCAGGCUGCAAGGAAAAAGUUCCAUGCUGUCGAGUCAGAGGCCUCUAAGAGCUCUGAAGUUUUAAAAGAAACCCUCGAAGGAAUCAAGGGUAAAAUGGAACAUGUUCUAGAAGAAGCGAGUAAGACGGACAUUGUUAAAAAAGCUGGAAGAAUCACCGAAGAUAUAUCAAAGACAGCCAAGGAUGCAGCUGAAAGUUUAGCAGAUAAAGGUCAGAAACUUGGUAAAACUUCAGCCUUUAAGACAAUAUCACAGGCUACUGAAGUAGUGAAAAACGAAAUGGCACCGAAGGGUCUAGAAGGUCGAGUCUACACAUCGCCAACUACUCUACGAAAGCGAGUCGAGGUGGCGGCGGACGAGCGUACGGUGGCGCCGGACACGGAGACUCUGGGUGUGGAGCUCCAUAGGGACUCCAAGUUCUACCAGCAGUGGGAGGACUUCAAGAACAACAACCAGUACGUCAACAAGGUUCUCGAUUGGAAAAUAAAAUACGAGGAAUCAGAAAAUCCGGUCUUUAAAGCGUCAAGAUUCGUUACGGACAAAGUCAGCAACCUCUUUGGAAACUUGUUUGAGAAGACGGAGCUGUCGAACACGCUCACCGAAAUAUGCAAAAUCGAUCCGAGUUUCACGGCACAGAAGUUCCUCGAGGACUGUGCCAAUGACAUCAUACCGAACAUUCUCGAAGCCAUGGUCAGAGGGGACCUGGUAAUCCUGAAGGAUUGGUGCUACGAGGGAGUGUACAACAUCCUGGCGACCCCCAUGAACCAGUGCAAACAGCUAGGAUACAGGCUCGAUUCAAAGAUAUUGGACAUAGAGAACAUAGAAUUGGUGAUGGGGAAGAUGAUGGACCAGGGUCCCGUAUUGGUGAUAACAUUCCAGUCGCAGCAGAUUAUGUGUGUGCGGGACGGCAAGAAUAAUGUAAUAGAAGGAGAUCCCAAUAAAGUGAUGAGGGUCAAUUACGUGUGGGUGCUCUGCCGAGAUCCCCAGGAGUUGAACCCCAAGGCAGCUUGGAGAUUACUCGAGCUGUCAGCAAAUAGUGUAGAACAAUUGAUAUAGUAGUUGUUAACGUGUAGAUGGAUUAAAUCGUUGUAUUGUUACUUGUUUUUAGUCUGACCCGACUUCCUGCUGAGCGGUAAACAUAACCAAAGUACAAAAAAGCAUAAGGCAAUAAACUAAAGUUACAACUUACAAUAUGUUAAAAUUUUUGAUAUUUUGAAUAAGAAUGUGAAUAUUUGCUAAUUAAAUAGAAUAGAUUAAUUAAACUAUGUUGCCUUAUAGUUACUUAAUGAUGUGACUUGGUUACUAACAGGCCAGAUACUCAAUUGUACAGAUUGCGCACAUUUUUACAAUGUGCUCGUAAAGGUGUAUAUUUUUAUAAAAAUAUAUGCUAUAAUAAAUUAUAUAUCUUACAAGCUAGCUUGUAUAAUUUAUUUGUUCUUUUCAAGAUCUGAAAUGUAUCUUUGGAGAGUCCCACAAACUUAUUUAGUAAUUUUUAAUCAACAAAUAACUAUAAUAAUAUGUUACUUAUUUGGUUCGUGUUAAACGUUUCUCAGAUAAGUUGAUCCAGUUUGUUUCUUGUCCCGUUAAAAUCACAGUAAUUCACAAAUAUGUAAUGACUAUUUUGUUUGAUACUUUUUAUUUUUUUGUUGUAAUAAAUCGUUAUAUUUA